CUGCUUCUUUCGUUUACCUUUAAAUACCACACCCUUCACUUAUCUCUCCUCACAUUUUACUUCUCUAACUCGCCAAACUCGUUUUUAUAUUUCGUUUUUUAGCCUUAACUCGCCCGUUUUUAGUCUUCGAUUUUCAUCAUGAUGUCUUCUCAAUCUCUGCAUCUUUUCUGUAACUUACCGUCCACUGCCCCCCCUCGUUCUUCACUUUUCUCUGGUGCAUGUCUGAACGGCGCUAAAUACAAAAGAGUUAACUUUGAUAUUCGGACAAGAUGCAGCGCUGUAUCCAAUCCACGAACUCAAGAUUACUCCGAUAUCUUUCAAAAAAACGGCAUGCCAUCAGUGACAAAACGACAAGAGGUUGUCGAAAACGGCAUAGAAGAGAAUUUUUCGCAGGUUCCGGUAUCAAGAGAGAUCGUAAAAAGUGUGGAAAGCGUAAAAUCGAUGCUGAAAUCGAUGGAAGAUGGCGAGAUAAGUAUUUCAGCUUAUGAUACAGCUUGGGUGGCUCUUGUUAAAGAUGUAAAUGGAAGUGGUGCUCCUCAGUUCCCAUCUAGCUUGGAAUGGAUUGCUAAUAAUCAGCUUUCUGAUGGUUCAUGGGGUGAUGAACAAAUUUUUACUGCUCAUGACAGGAUUUUGAAUACAUUAGCCUGUGUUAUUGCCUUGAAAUCAUGGAAUCUGCAUCCCGAGAAGUGCGAAACAGGAAUGAAGUAUUUUCUAGAGAAUUUAUGCAAGCUUGAGGACGAGAACGCCGAGCACAUGCCGAUAGGUUUCGAAGUAGCCUUCCCUUCACUUCUCGAAUUAGCUAAAGAUCUAGACAUUCAAGUUCCCGAGGAUUCACCAGUCUUGAAAGAGAUCUACGACAGCAGAAAUCUAAAGCUAACAAAGAUACCGAAGGACAUAAUGCAUAAAGUGCCCACUACACUACUCCAUAGCUUAGAAGGAAUGCCUGGUUUGGAGUGGGAUAAGCUUCUCAAACUUCAGUGUCCUGAUGGCUCUUUUUUGUUCUCUCCUUCUUCAACUGCUUUUGCUCUCAUGCAAACUAAAGACCAAAAUGCCCUCGCUUAUUUGAAUAAGAUUGUCCAAAAAUUCAAAGGAGGAGUGCCAAAUGUCUUCCCUGUCGACUUAUUCGAACAUAUAUGGGCUGUCGAUCGCUUGCAUCGCCUCGGAAUCUCGAGAUACUUUGAAAAUGAGCUUAAGGAAUGCAUUGACUAUGUCGCAAGAUAUUGGGAAGAAGACGGCAUCUGCUGGGCUAGAAACUCUAAAGUUCACGACGUUGACGACACAGCCAUGGGAUUCAGACUACUGAGGCUAUACGGCCACGAAGUUUCCUCUGAUGUUUUCAAGCAUUUCAAGAAAGGUGACACGUUCUUCUGCUUCGCCGGACAGUCAACACAGGCGGUUACCGGAAUGUACAAUCUAUUCAGAGCAUCUCAGGUUAUGUUUCCCGGCGAGCAAAUUCUUGAAGAGGCCAAAGAAUUUUCUUCCAAAUACCUCAAAGAAAAGCAAGAUGCUAAUGAGGUACUCGACAAAUGGAUUAUCACCAAGGACCUACCAGGAGAGGUUAAAUACGCAUUGGAUGUUCCAUGGUACGGGAGCUUGCCUCGAGUGGAGUCCAGGUUUUACUUAGAACAAUAUGGUGGUGAAGAUGACGUAUGGAUCGGCAAGACUCUUUAUAGGAUGCCAUUUGUGAACAAUAAUGAAUAUCUAGAAUUGGCAAAGCUUGAUUACAACAAUUGCCAAGCAUUACAUCGAUCGGAAUGGGAAAAAUUCCAGAGUUGGUUUCAAGAAUGUGAACUGGAAGAUUUUGGAAUAAACAGAAGAGAAUUACUAUUAUCAUAUUUCUUAGCAGCAGCAAGUAUUUUCGAACCAGAGCGAUCAACUGAGAGACUUGCAUGGGCCAAGACUACUGUAUUUCUCCAGGCAAUCAACAACUUUUUCGACGACAACAACAGUUCCAUUGAAGACAGAACAGAAUUUGUCCAAGAAUUCAAAAACUGCGCCGUUUCAGAAGUCCCCAUCAAUGGAAGGAAGUUGGAAGAAAAGACAAGGCAGGAGCUUGUCAGAAUAAUGGUUGGAACCCUAAACGAUGUCUCAUUGGACACACUAAUGGCUCAUGGGAAAGACAUUAGCCAUAGUUUACGUCAUGCUUGGGAAAAAUGGCUCUUGAGCUGGCUGGAAAAGGAUGAGAAGACUCGAGGAGAUGGAGAAUUGAUAGUGAAGACAAUAAGUCUGGCAGCUGGGAAUUUGGUGUCUGAUCCUUCAAGAUUUGAACAACUCUUUCAACUUACUGACAAGAUUUGUUCUCAGCUUUCUCAUUACAGAAACAACAAGGUACAUGACACUCAGAAAAGCACAACUCCUGAACUAGAGUGUGACAUGCAAGAACUUGUGCAGUUGACAAUCAAAAAAUCUUCAGAUGAUGGACUAGAUUCGCAUAUGAAGGACACAUUUCUUACAGUGGCUAAAAGCUUUUAUUACCCUGCAAUUUGUGAUCCUGGGACGGUCAACUACCAUAUUGCUAAAGUGCUCUUUGAUAAAGUGUCUUAGUUUUAAGUUUUAGUACUUAAUUGUACAAGAAUUAAUGCAAUCCCAACUACAUGUGCAUAUUCUUGUCUAGUAAUAAUGUAAUACAGUUAUCCAUCAAUAAAUUCUUUUGUUUUUUAAA